AUGCUUCCGCUACUCUUGCUAUGUGCUACGUUAGCACGACCUAGUCAGCAUAGGGCCAACGAGAAACCCUUGCCAUAUCUCCUCCGUGCUGGCAGGGACUCUCGCAGGGGGAGCUACCAGAUCCCUAGCGCUGUACAAAAUGGAACUAGCAAGGCUCGGUUUGACAUCCCAACGCCGGAAACCACUCUUGACAUAGAGACCCUCUUCAUGUUAGAUGCACCUCAGAUAGAUUUUAUUAAUGGGUCCGUGUACGACUGGUGGUAUUUCGAUGCCAUCUCGGAGACCAACCCCGAUGAUUCCCUAGUCGUCACAUUCUUUUCCUCAUCCGCGGAAGCAUUUCCAUUCCUCGAUGCCAGCGAAACCUCCGUGCUCAACGUUUGGUUAUGGGCUUCGUUCGCCAAUGGCACCGUAUUUGCCGAUUCUGUCCCGGCGUCUGUGGCGACCGUGACUGGCGCAGGUGUCGCGGGCACUAAUAGCUCUGGAAAGUGGUCCUCCACAGGAUUUAGCUGGGCUGCUCUCACAGAGAACCUAUUGCAAUAUGAGAUUAUCAUCGCGUCCCAGAAGCUCCAUGUCGAAGGGCGGCUCACCUUGACUUCGGUAAGUAGUGUCUCGGAUCGCAGGAACAGACAGAUCGCUAACGUCGCCCAACAGCGAGUACCGUACCAUCUGCCCUGUGGGGUUCAAGCGGAACGAACUGUGCUUGAGAUUGCGCCUCAUAUCGGAUGGGUCAAUCUCAUACCCGACGCCGUGGGUGAGGUCGACAUGAAGAUCCAUGGGUCGCCGAUGAAGUUCCGAGGGCCUGGGUACCAUGAUAAAGCAAGUGACUUGACCGCCUACUCUGUCCAGAGCUGGUACUGGGGCCACGGCCGUCUAGGUCCAUACUCGAUCGUAUGGUUCAGUUACCUCGCCAUUAAUGACCCGACCAACGCCGCGUACGUGAGCAGCUACAUUGCCAAAGAUGGAGAGCUGCUCGUAUCGGCCUGUGAGCCCUCCAUUCUCACUGUGAGGCCGAUCGGUAGUCCAGGGACCACUGGUGGGCGAUACCCGCCACGCAUGGGUGAUAUACCGGAUGGAUUCCGAUUGGAAUAUGAUUUGGGGGAGGAUAAUGGUCAGUUGAAAGUUAAUGUCUCCGUGAGAACGUCGGUCGCGGGGAAUGGAAACGAUUACAUGCGAUGGACAGGAGACAUGGUUGGGGAGCUAAUUGAGUCUGAGAGCCAACGACUACAAAAGGCCGGUUGUAGCCUCAAAAGAGAAGAUUCACCUCUCGUUGGUGUUGCGGUUUUGGAGCAAUUCGUUAUGGUGGAAUAG